AUCUUCUUGUCGGCUGCUGCUGUUAUGCAUGAAGCAUGUUACGUACGGACUACGGGUUAUUCUUACUCUGUGAUUAAUAUUUCAAUGGUAGUAAUACCAGGUGUCUUAAGGGGACAGAAUUGCUGUACUGAAACUGAUAUUUCGUGCCUGUGCUUGUGUUCUUUAUAAUGCUGCUGCUGCUGCAAAGUAAAGCUGCUUGUAUUAGACCCUAAUAGACAAAUAUACACCAAAGCCAAAGGAAAGACCGAAUGAAAGUGUACUCCUCGAAGCUCGGAGUGAUGAUCUCUCAGAUCACCCCCAGUCUGUACCUGAGUGGGGUGGAGGCUGUGAAUCAGUCAGCGCUGGAGCACAGAGGAAUCACUUUGCUGGUGAACGCCUGCGCUGAAUACCCCUGUCCGGAGUAUCAGGGGGUGAAGUGUGUUUGGGUGCCAGUGGAGGACCGUCCUCACGCCCCUCUGGAGCAGCACUUUGACAGCGUGGCUGAGCAGAUCCAGCAGAACUGCUCUGGAAGCUCUCUGGUGUUCUGCUCGGCCGGGAGAAGCAGGUCUCCGUCUCUUAUCAUGGCGUAUCUCAUGCGGUUUGAGGGACUCUCGCUGCUUCAGGCUCAUCAGCAGGUUCUGGCAGCACGGCCCUUCAUUCGACCAAACGCGGGCUUCUGGAGACAACUACUUAAGUAUGAGAGGAAACUGACCCACAGCAACAGCAUCAGGAUGGUGUCCACCUCACAGGGAGUCCUACCUGAGGCCAUCCAGCUCACACAGGACUCGUCAUACUGCCUUGAUGUAUAAUUCUGGACACCCUGAACUGGAUAUGUUUUUAUAGUGUGUGUGUUGAUAAUGUUUCUAUAAAUCAGAUCAUAACACUACAUGUAUUUUUUUAAAUAACAUGUUUUUAACAUGUUUAAUGUUACUACUGUGGUAUUCCUCGAAGUAGUUCUGUAGUUAUUGUAUUGUAAGUAAAACAUAUAAUUCAGUGUAAUACAAUGAUAAUUGAUUCUGUUGUAACAUAUUUGAUGUAUAGAUUUUAACACAUGCAUAAAAAAAAUGCAUGGAAAUGUUGAUGUUACAAUGGGAGCCUUAUUGUAAGAUCAGAUCAGCAAAUACUAACCAAGAGAAAAUGAGAGAGCUUUAUGAAGUGCUGCGUUCUAGUGGAGACAAUGUUAAAUCUGCCUUUUAUUCUAGACUGGUAAAGCAGGAGCCAGAUCUGUUUAGAGCCUUGGGUAAGUGUACACCAGUUUUGGCCAUUAUACCAUAUGCAUGAAAACUCUGUGCUGUUAAAAUAUGUAUACAUGUUUUCAUCUUGUUCAUUUACUUAUGCUUAUGCUUUGGUUCUAUGCCUAUUUAAAUAAAAAAAAAUAUGCAAAA